AUUAACGCCGUCAACCGAGAAGCAUUCGAAGCUAUCGAUCAUCAAUGGGCAACGGAGAGUAACACCGCAGGUAUUCUGGCCAUUGUCACGAUAUCCCAUGUGCUAGCACUCGUGGUCGCCGGCUUGCGGAUAUAUGCUAGAGUUCUGGUAGUCAAACAGCGUGAAUGAGAUGAUCUCUUGAUCGUUGUCUCUCUCUGUGCUUUAGGAGGUUGGAUUAUGUUCGUCAUCCAGGCCAACUACGACCUUGGAAAUCAUGACAAAACGAUCGCAGACCAUGACUAUCUGAUGUUUCAGAAGGUCGGGUUCUGGCAGUCGAUCAUCUCGGCUGGCUUGGCCUUCAUGUGGCUCAAGAUUUCCGUCGCUUUCAACCUCCUGUGCCUGAGCAGGGACAUGAGGCAUCGAAACUGGUACAAAUGGACUUUGUGGGUCAUGAUCGGUAUCACCGCUGUCUAUCACGUCGGUGGCACACUUCCCUUCUUCCUCAGGUGCAGUCCGAUGGGAGGCUCUUGGAACGAGAAUCUCGAGCCCACGCCCCAAUGCAUGAGUACCAAGAACUUCAUCGCAUUCGGCAAUGUCAACACCGCCUUCAACAUAAGCACCGACGUCGUCUUUGCCACACUGCCAAUAACACUUGUCUGGAGCCUUCAAAUGAAGCAAAGGUCUCGACUUGACGUGAUCGGGAUCUUGAGUCUUGGUUACAUCGCUGUGAUCAUGGGCAUCAUCAAAUCGAAAGACCUGCUCACAUUGGAAGUGGACAGGAACAAGAUAUUCGACCAAAACAUACAAGUCUUGGGGUUUGUAAAAUUGCAACUCGGCAUCAUCGCGGCUUGUGCCCCUGCAUUGUAACCGUUGGCCAGUAAGAUGCUCCAUUUGUCCUCUCAUGGCGACACUUCGAAUCAUGGGUAUGAUGAAUCAUCGUUUCAGACUCAAAGAAAACAGAGAGGUCAUCCCCGCACGUUAUACAUCUCGUACAUGGUUUCUUCCCGGUCCAAUAAAGACGCAUGCCAAGGGUUGCUGAGACUAAAGUCGGGACCUCUAUGCAUCUUUCUGGGCGUCUGAUGAUGCUUGAAUUUAGAGCAA